AUGGAUCUAAGCGCAAUUUCAAAUCAUAAAGGCGGAUCUCCUAUAUCCAUGGAAUCUAAUCAACCAAAUCUUCGAUUACAUGUUAUGUUGUUGGAGAUGCCAAAUAGCGAAUUGUUGAAUGACGAAUUUUCAACUAUAGAUUUCCUAUGGCUUCGAAGAAACAAUCCCUGGCCAAAUAUGGUCAAGUUAGUGGUAUAUCGCUUUUUACACAUGCGCAACCUCUACCAGAUCGACCAGGGAGACCAGAUCAAUGAACUUGUCGAUUACAUAUUCAGAAACGGGGAAUUGCCAAACAACCAAGAUUGCAGAGCACAAAUGAUUCACCGAUGCAAAAAAUUGAUCCACUCAGCUUCUCAAUGGUCAUCAAAUGGUAUAUUGAUGUACAAUGAAGAAAACCGUCUGGUCAAGAGUGCAAUUUUCCAAAACGCUUGGAACAAUCAAAUCAUCAUCAUGCGAAACAGAAUCAAGGUGACCAAUAAAGAAGUACUUGUGGUUGAAGUACCGAAUGAUAUUCCUGCAAAGGUUUCGGAAUCCAACAGUGUGGUAUCUGUCGCAGACCGGAGCCCAUUUCUGGAAGGAAAGCAGAACAGCUCCGAAAUGACCACCACUACCGAACCUCUUAUCAAAGUUGAUCCCGAUGAACCUGUGAGAUUAGUUGACGAGAAUAAGACAGUGUCUCGAGUGAAAUUGGAGCACCUUGAGUCAGAAAAAGCUCGACCAGUGCUGGGAGAUACUCAACUAAAUGUUACAGAUGAGACAUAUCAUUUCUCUGCCUCUUACUGUCAUGGUUUGCCUAAUUUUGAAUCCGAUAUUCCUGAUAGUCAGGUACCACCACUGGAUACAGCAUCAAGUUCUCAGUCCAGUUCUUCACGAAAUGAUAUCAUGGCUGAGGUCAUAUUCUUAAAAGACUCGAAGCGUACCAACUAUUCCGAAGCUUUACUUUCAAACCAUACCCAAAAGUUCAAAGCCUGUGCACAAAUAACUGUGCUCACCCCGAACAAAGUCCGUCGAAAAGUUGUUCGUGAUGCAAUGAGUCUGAUCUGGGACAGUAAUCAUGACUUAGUCCUCUUCUGGAAAUCUGUGGCUUUGCGAGCGUCUACCAUAAUCAAAAUCACGUUCCCUGACGCCGCUUGGUUACCUGGAGUCACUGUUGACAUUAAUAGUGAUGACGAUCUUCUCAGAGCUAGGCAGACAACCUGGAAUAGCUUCUGGAUAUUCAUCGCCAAGCAACCAGAAACCCUCGUCUCGACUUUCAAUAUCAAUGCAACCCCCGAAAGCCCCUAA